CGGAAAUUUUAACUGCAAGCAUUCUUUCACAACUAAACAUAUUUAGUUAUUCACAUCAUCGCUUAUCCUGUUUUAUGUUAUUGUUUGCCGUUAUAUUUCCAAAAGCAGUCUUAUUCAAGUACACAGACGACCUUGAGCUGCAACGAAGUCCCUACUUAUAGGACGACCUAUGAUAAUUCAUUUAAAUCCCACUGGUCAGUAGUUUUAGCAUAAAGAAUCAGUCAUUGUACAUGAAUCAUUGUUAUUCUCAUGAAACUUCAACACCAGCUAAAAGGAUUUUUGAAAUCACGUCUGCUUUUUCAGGAGUGUUAUAAACCAAUUAUUGGGCGAAUCACCAGUGUAGUAAUUUAGAAUUAUUAUAAACCGCGUAAGUUAGAUAUCAAUGAUGGUUAUUGUAUUGCAGAAGCAAUUUAAUAUCUACUUUCUUGUUAAUUCGCCAGUGUCACGCAGCUAUGUCAGGUAUCAUAUUUAUUCAACAAUUACUCAUAGUUUAUCAGAUUCAGAUUCAACUUUACCAGCCACAGACGACUUUGGGUCAAGGUUCUUAGAAUUUGAUGAAUACUCUUUCGAGCAGACUGAUAAUACAGAAAAGCAGAAAGCGUGUUCUCACUAG